UUUAUUUAUUUUUUCACGAUUUGACAUUGUCUGUACGCGCUCACGAGACUCCCGUGCGCGUCCUUGUGAAUCAGGAAAUAUGGCGGCGCUCACUCCACUCAGUCAGCUUUCAAGUGGAAAUGCUGCAUAUGAGAGCUUCUACAGACAGGUGGAUCCAGGAAAUACUGGGAAAGUGGGCGCUGCAGAUGCCGCUCAGUUCUUGAAGAAAUCAGGGCUUUCAGACAGCACUUUGGGUCAGAUCUGGGAUCUGUCAGACCCUGAGAGAAAAGGUUACUUGGAUAAAAAGGGUUUCUUCACUGCCCUGAGGCUGGUGGCUUCUGCUCAAGGAGGAAGUGAUGUCAGUCUAAACAGCGUAAGCCAGAACACACCCAUCCCGAAAUUUAGAGACGCCGGCAGCCCGUCCCUGAACAUCACAACCUCUGCUGCUGAGUCCAGCUGGACAUUGAAGCCGGAAGAUAAAGCAAAGUAUGAUGGGAUAUUUGAGAGUCUGUCUCCAGUUGGUGGGCUGCUGUCAGGUGAUAAAGUGAAACCAGUCCUCAUGAACUCAAACCUGCCUCUCGAUGUGCUCGGAAAGAUUUGGGAUCUCAGUGACAUUGACAAAGAUGGGCACUUGGAUAAAGAUGAGUUUUCAGUGGCGAUGCAUCUGGUUUAUGCAGCCAGAGAGAAGGAGCCUAUGCCAUCCACCCUCCCUACAACUCUCAUCCCUCCAUCCAAACGUAAGAAGAUUCCAGGCGCUCUCCCGGGAUCAGUUCCUGUUCUUCCCUCUAGUCCAUUCCUCCUGAUGGAGAACCUGCGUCCCGUGCCGUCGCUUUCCAAGAGUCCUCUGGGCAGCAGCACAAAUCUGUCUCCAUCAAGCUCAUUUAAGCGCUCCACCCCGACACCACCGCAGCCUCAAACGCUCACACAGCCUUCCUCAGAUCACUGGGUGGUGCCAGCGGAUGACAGAGAGCAGUACGAGGAGAUCUUUGAUCUGGCAGACUCUGAUUUUGAUGGGAUGGUUGGAGGAGGUGAGGUGAAGGAUAUCUUCAUGAACUCUCGGCUGCCUCAGAGCGUCCUGGCACACAUAUGGUCACUGGCGGACACUCAACGUACCGGCAAACUCACCAAAGAGCAGUUCUGUCUGGCGAUGCACCUGAUUCAGGAGAAAGUUAAAGGAGUGGACCCUCCUCAGAGUCUGACCCCUGACAUGAUACCACCGUCAGAGAGAGGGGUCGCCAGCACACCUAUCCUCUCUGGAUUCACACCGUCAGUCAUGUCUGAAUUGACCCCGUUGACCAGUCUGGGCAGGGACAGCAGCAGUUCUGUUGGGUUGGUUGAGCUGACGGGAAGCAAGGAUCUUGAUGACAUCAACCAGGAAAUCUCCCAGCUGCAGAGUGAAAAACGCUUAUUAGAGACAGAAAUCAGACAGAAAGAAGAAGUCCUGCGACAGAAGAACAGUGAAGUCCAGGAGGUGCAGAGAGACCUGGAGCGUGAAAAUGUCGGUCUUCAGGAGUUGGAGCACCAGAAACGGGGCGCUCAGGAUCGACUCAGUGAGAUGGAGCAACAGAGAGCCAAGCUGGAAACAACGCUGGACGAGAUCAAGAACAAAUGGCAGGAGGAGAACACUAAGAUCACAUCGCUGCAGACUCAGAUCGUGUCUCAGGAGUCAGACAUGCAGACGCAGGAGAAGGAGAUGAGCAGAACGAAGACGGACCUGUACUGUCUUGAACAAGAGGAGCAGCGUCUGGAAGAGAGUCUGCGUGCUGGAAAAGCCAAGCUAGACAGCAUCCUCAAACUGCUCAAAACAUCUCAGGACGAGAUGGACCAGACACGCAGUGAGCUCAGCGAGAUACAGGACACCCAGCGGGAACUUAAUAAGACAAUCGAGCGCUACAGCAAAGCUCUCAACGACGGCGUGACCAGCCUGUCCGAACUGGACCAGCUCAUCGCUGAGGAGAGCUCCAGCAUCGAUGGCAAGGAGGAUUCGUUGGUUAAGUCCAGGAUGGCCAUGUUUAACAGUUCCAGCUCUCAAGGCCUGAACGCAGACCCCUUCCAGAGCGAAGACCCAUUCAAAAGUGACCCCUUCAGUAAAGCUGAUCCGUUUGGAGGAGAUCCGUUCCAACAGAACGACCCCUUCAAAGACCCGUUCGCUAAUUCUGAUCCCUUUGGUGAAAGUUCCUCAAGUCAAUUCAAGGCCAGUCCCUUCAGCAGAAGAAUCAGCCAGAAGUCGAGGAGUCCCAAACCUAAAGAUUCAGAUCCAUUUGCUGCGUCAGACCCGUUCAGUAGCGACUCUUUUGGAGGGAAAGGUGGUUUUGCUGAUUUUUCUCAAAUGUCAAAGAGUUCAACCUCAGAGCCGACGAGCCGAAAGCCGACGUACCCACUGCCCCCUCCAAAAAAACCCGGACCACAGAGACCAGCGCCGCCUCCUUACGGGAAGAAUUCGGCCAUCACGCAUAGCGGUUCAGUGGUUCAUAAUCAAGGGUUUGGUGCUCCAGCUGUUCAAAAGACACAUACGGACAGAGGACCCGUCUCCUCGUCCUCUUCGUUACGGUCUGCGGUUAACCCGUCCACAGGGUUUACAGACUUUAGAGCUUUCGGAAAUGAGACGCAGCAGCUCGAGUGGGCCAAACGUGAGAGCCAGAGAGAGGAGGCGGAGCGUAUCCGGAGGCUCCGCCUACAGGAACAACAGGACCUGGAAUUGGCUCUCGCCCUCAGUCGAUCUGAAAUGCCCAGAACGUGAAGCUGCUACACUUUGGAUUCAAUCUUUCAAUGAGACAACACCUAAAACUUUCAGAUGAAGUUUUUGCAUGAGCCUCCCCCAAUCACAAGCUCUUCCUGAAGAUCAUUCAGGUUUGCUGUUUGCUGUCGCGCAUCAACCUUUGAAGAACCCUGGACCAAUGAAGUGCUCAACCACUGAAUUAUGCUUUGCAAAGAUUAUAUACAGCUUUACCAAAUACUGUAGAUCAUAUGAGUGAGGUCUCUUGUGCUCUUAUGCACAUCAUCAGUAUCGUAAAAAAAUAUCAGCCUAUGACUGCGGCCCAUUUCAGUUUUGAUCCGAAGUGCUUUAUACAUUGAUUACAAUCAGCUUCAUCCACCAGAGGAAGUCUCAAUCUGAUUUUUGCUUAAAUAAGACGGAUGAAUGACUAAAUCCGUGACAUUUACCCAUCGUCAGUGCACUAUAUGAUCAUAUAUGAUAUGAUAAAUUUACAUAUAAACCUGUGUAAUCAAUGCAUUCCCAACAAAUCCCAUUUUUCAUCCCAGUUGCACGUACUGUUAAUAUCACACAAGUGUCAUUAGCCACAUUAAGAUCAAAUGAAGCAUAAUUACUUUUUGAAGGAACCUGGUGAUGCUUUUUAUGUGGGUUUUGCACUAGUCAUAGUUCUUCAAUGAUGUUGUAAUAAUCACUUUGAGAUGUAUUUGUUAUUAACCCUUUAAAUCUUAAUCAGAUCCUCUAGAUGACACCAAAUCACACAAACCAGCACACAGAAGGACCUCUGCCUAGUUUUAGUUUUUUGAAAUAGUUUGAGAAGCAUAUUUUGCUUGAAGUGAAGCCUUAAACUGUAUAUUGAGCUCAUUCUUAUGUAAUCAUAUAUUUAUUGCAUCUGUGAUACUCAACACUAAAAUCAGCAGGUUAUGGAUUGCUUAUAUGCUAGAGAAGUAAUUUUUGGUGUUUAUAUGGCUUUGAUUUUCUCUCUUUUAUCAUGUUGAAGAUUCUACUGACCUUAUGUGUUUUGUUUCUUUUGUGGAAAAGGGUUGAAAACGAUUUUACAAUGUGCUGCUUUUCAGUGUUUUAAUAAAUGUCAAACAUAUAUUUA